UAUAGUAUAUUAUGGCUACACUAGAUGAUUAUUAUUAUAAAGUACGGCAGCGCCAUCCGAACAUUCAAAGCGAUGUGCUGCAAAUAUUUAUGAAUGCACAAUGCACGUCGCCGGAGCGCGCUCUUACCUUAUCUCAGAUACGUGCAUCUUAUAAGGAACUGACAGAAGAAGAAUUUCCAAUAAAAGGUCAAACACGCGUGCAGUUAAAUUUUUUGCUGACAAUUCCAUUUAUUUGCUGUUUUUCCACACCAAUUGGAACAUUGCGCUUAUUCAAGUUGGAGUUGACGGAGUAGUUAAUAUAUAAUGACAAAUAUUAAUAUACUUGUAAACAUUAAUUGCAACAAAUGAAAUUCAAUAUAGUCAGAAUAAAUUCAAAUGCAGAAUAA